CGUCUACAGCUCGCACACGGUCGGAAUAUUGAUCCUAGCGCAACAUCCUGUUCCUUAUUGAGUCACGUGAUUUGUUAAAUAUGGCGACAUUUGGUUGGAGUUAUAAACACAAUUUCUCGGGCAGCAAAGCUCCUGACAUCAACGCGCGAGCGGAGAAGGUCAGUGAUGUUGAUCGUAAGCGAGCGGCAGCCAACGCGGCGGCCACUGCUGCCAAACUCGCCAAACUUGAAGAGUCGCAGCCGAAGAAGAAGAGAUAUCAUCCGGAUCAGAAAAUCUAUGUUGGCAGACUAUCGUGGGAUACCGACGACGAGGCGUUGGGGCAUUAUUUUGCGGCAUUUGGUGAACUAGAAGACGUCAAGGUUAUCAGAGACAAGAAGACCAACAUCUCUCGUGGUUAUGGCUUUGUCACAUUUUCUAAAAUUGAGUCAGCCGAACAGGCAAAGCGUUGGUGCAUGGCUAACCAUCCAAUACUUGACAGGCGAGAAAUUAUUGUGGAGGGAGUUGAACAUCGUCGAGCACGGCAGCAACUCCUAGGACAAAAACUAGAAAAAGAGGAGCCAGAGAGUGAUGAGGAACAAACACUUGGUGAAAAGCCACCCUGGGAACAGGAAGAUGAUGUGGGAACUCCAAACCUGAAGAAGUUUCGAAAAGACACUUUGUAUUGGAAGUAUAGAUGGUCCAAUAAACGGACAAGUGAGGCGUUUGGGCCAUACUCAACACAAGAAAUGCUGGCUUGGGUAACAGCGGGAUUUUUUAAGCAGAACCCAUGUUGGGUACGGCAGAUGUCAGAAAAAGAGCUACACGAAGCAGCAAAGCCCCCGAAAGGGAAGAAAAGUAAGGACUUGCCUAAUACUCUGCUGAGUAAAGGAGAAGCAAUAUCAAGACAAUACAAUGAGAAUGUAACAGCAUAUGACGAAAGUAGUGACUCUAGUGAUGAUGAAAUUUCUCGAAAAACAGAAGAUAAAGAACAAUCGAGUGACUUUGUGCCUGUAGAGGACAUUGACUUUUCUCUGUUUCCAUAAUAUAUAAUUCACAAAAUUAUUUGUUAAAAACAAGCACAUUGCUGUGCUUUACUCUUCUGGACUCCAGCAUUUAUGCAUAAUGCAUGAUGACCUUAAUUAACAGAAAGAAAAAGUCACUCAGUCAUUCAAUCAAAAUCAAUCA